AUGCCGCCGGCCCAUGUACACGUAGUGACCGGUCUCAAGGGCCAUGUCGGUCAUUCCGUAAUUACUUCGUACGACGGUUUGACGGUCUGCUGCUUCAAGGACAACAGCCUCUGUCUGUCUCGUCUGCAGAACGGCGAAGGUCUUAUCGAAACCACUGGUAGGAUGAACGGCGCAUUGCGACGCCUUCGUCAUGGACGGGCACGUCGAUCCCAGUGGGAAAGUGGUGGGGGAAUAAUUUCCGACAGGGCGGGCGAGAGGGGUGAGCAGGGACAGCGCGUUGCAAGUGGCUCAUCCCAGAGUCUCAUCUCGCCCAAUUUCCCUGUACGUUGGGCUAGGUACGUGAACGGAAACGCGUCAGACAAGGAGGGCGCGGUCGAGUGCGCGAAGAAGUUCAAAUCAAAAUCCUCUUUUGGGGGGUUGCGCCCGGGAGUGUCAGCGCCAUUACUUGAACCUGCUGGGUAUGAAACUGUCCGCAAAUUCGUCGCAGCACGGAAGUACAUGAUCUGUCUCGUCAUUUCCCAGCCUGUCCUUUCUUCUCCCCCGUCUGAUCCCUCCCAAGGUUCGGUCCAAUUUCCCUUUCACCUCGUCAUCUCAGGCUUCUUCCAAACCUUCCAACUCCCCGUCCACGUCUCUCCGAGCCACCACCGCGAGAACCCUCGAUCGAUCUCGAACAUCCUGUCAACGCGACUUGCGUCGACACUUACUUUCGACCUUUUCUCACGACCGUCGCCUCCGAAUUUGGGCCAAGAACCAUUGCCCCGUCUGUCUGCUUUCCCAACGACCGACCCAGCGGCUCAACCUCCCCGACACGGAGCGAAGCGAUUGACCAAGUUCGACAAAGAGCGAAAGGAAAGGACUCGUCUAGACCAGACUUACUGUUCCUCCUCCUCAAGCCCUCACCUCCUGCAGAGCUUGCGGUUCCCUACGUUUCUUGCUCCAGCCCAUGAUACUUGCGUUGCAGCUAUCGACUUGUUGACAUACCGCGACGCUCGCAUCCCAUCGGCACCGCCUGCACAUUCAGGGGGAAAAAAGUCUCUUGUCCAACAAGUCCAGUUCCGUCUGCACCGAAAGCGGCCUCUACUCAUUGGAGACCUUCCCGCGAUAAGACAACAAGACGCCCCCCAAUCGAAUCGCGUCUGCUCGGCACAGCAACAGCUCUACGUAACGCUCUUCAUGGCAAUAAUUGGCAGAUCACUGCCACUUCAAUUGGCGAACCCUAGCUUAUCCCUGAGCUUGCAUGUGCUCAUUCACCCACCGCGUUUCUUGUCAAUAAACAGCAACAGAAGGCCACUCCAGCUCGUUCUUCUAUUUCCCCAAAAAAUCGCGACUCGGGCGUUUGCCCUCACCACCGUCUCUAAUUUCACAGAGCCGCUUUCAUUGCUCUUGCCCGGUCCUCUCCUGCUGAAAGCAACUACAUCUUCAGCAAGCAGUUUUGCCCAAUACCUGUCUGACCUCCACAUAGCUGUAGCGACGGCUAUAGUGGGAAACUCUGAGCACACGAGAUCCGUGUUGUCGAACCGGGCCACUCGACAUCUUGGCUUCAACCCUUGCCGUGCCGCCGCGGUUUGCCGCGUCUUCGAUAAGCAGACGCCGAACAUCGCAUUCCCCCGUUCCCUUUCCAUCUUCGACGAGCGAAGGCGUACCAUGCCUAUCCCAGAACCAUAUCUGCCUGACUUUGGACUCGAUCUAGCUCCUCGCUACCGCGGAGCGGCAGUGUCCGGCCUACCAACCGUCUAA